AUGAGUUGGCUCCUACUAUUGGCAGCCGCCCCUCUCCUGCUGGCGACCGCAUGGGCGGUCGACACAAGCAUACGCCUCUCCCGAAACUACGCAGCAGCCCGCACCAUCGGCGUCCUCAUACGACUCAUACCGAUCAGUCCACUCAACCCAUUCUGGGUUCUCCUCGAUAGAAGAGUGCUGCCAUUAUUCCGUCGUCUCCCCUUUGGCGACAACAGCUUCACCAGGUACAACUGGCGUGGAUGGGAGAUCGAGGACAGGUAUCGAUCUCAUCUUGAGAUAGGCGAUAUCUGGGUCUUGGUGACGCCUUUCAAGAACUGGGUUUACAUCAAUGACCCGGAUCCUCUCAUGGCGGUUUUCCGGAGAGGCGCGGAUUUCCCUCGGCCGGUUUUCGUUUCGGAGGUUCUCAAUGUCUUUGGACCGAACAUAGCCACUGCAGAAGGCCAGCGAUGGAAAACACAGCGACGAAUCGCGACUCGCUGCUUCAACGAGCAGAACAACGAGAUCGUAUGGUCGGAAACUAUCAACUUGGCUACUGAUAUGCUUCGUUACUGGACCACCAAGACCUCCAUCAGGUCUGCGGCCCAGGACCUGCGCACACUGUCCCUCCACGUGCUUUCUAGGGCAGGCUUUGGCAAAUCGUUCAAGUUCCAGGGGCACGACGACAGACAGGCCAGUGUCAGCCCUUCCGUAAACUACAAGGAGCCUCUGCAGACAAUAUUAGAGAACUGCGUCCUUAUUCUUGCGUUAGGUAGUGACUUCUUAGCCAAUUCAUGGCUGCCCCGGAAACUGCGCACCGUCCACGAGGCAUGGGCUUAUUUCAGGACGUACAUGACGAACCUCUAUGAGGAUGAGAAGCGCGCAAUAACCACCGAUGCCAACCUCAUGACCCUCCUAGUACGCGCCUCCCAAAACGAAGAAAAGACCUCAUCAGGCCUCACCGAGGCCGAAAUAUACGGCAACAUGUUCGCGUUCAACUUCGCCGGCCACGACACCACAGCCAACACCUUCACAUUCGCCCUUUACUUCCUGGCAGCGCACCCAAAAGUCCAGAAUUGGCUCUCUGCCGAGAUCCGAAGCGUCUUGGGAGACAGAAGCCCGCAAGACUUGGACUACCGCACCGACUUUCCGCGCUUCAAGAGAUGUCUGGCUGUCCUGUUCGAGACCAUGCGCCUCUAUACUCCGGUGCCCGUCAUCAAAUGGACCGCCGCCCAGCCGCAGACGCUUGAUAGCAUGAUCGCUCCGAGCUACGGCGCCGUGCAGACGGAUCCCAGAUACUGGGGGCCAGAUUCUCUGGACUGGAAGCCGUCACGCUGGAUCGUACCAGGCGAGCCAGGCGACGAGCAUCUGGACCUGCACACCCAUGGGGCUUUCAUCGGCUGGUCCGAGGGCGCACGUGACUGUCCCGGGAGGAAGUUCUCCCAGGUCGAGUUCGUGGCGAUGAUGGCGGUGCUGUUUGCAGAGCAGCGGGUAGAUCCCGCCACGGCUGAGGGUGAGAGCAUUGGUGCUGCUCGGGAAAGGGUCUUGGAUCUUAUCAGGACAGACUCGGGCCCUGUCUUGUUGCUGCAGAUGCUGCACCCAGAGCGAGCAUCCUUGGUUUGGAGGAAGCGGUAG